AUGAUGAGCUCGGUGGGUUGGGCGCCCGCCAUGUUUUCAAUGCUGGCUUCCAUCCCCUUGGUACAGGCGCGGCCGUUUCAGAGCGGUGUGGAGCUGCGCCAAAGCGUCAAGAUGUGGUGCCAGGACGGCUUGGUGAGGAGCCAUGUGGAGGAGCUCUACGGCGGACUGAGUGACUGGCAGGUCUCGCAGGUCACGGACAUGAGCUUCCUCUUCGCAGAUCUGGGAUUCUGCCAGCUCGCGUCCAUCUCUGCAUGGGACACCUCUCACGUGACAAGCAUGGCGGGCAUGUUCAAGAGGGCCGCCAGCUUCAACCAGAACAUCAGUGGUUGGAACACGUCAGCUGUCCGGAAUAUGUCGGCGAUGUUUUACGGUGCAAGGAGCUUCAACGAGAACAUCGGCAUGUGGGACACGUCAGGCGUGCAGGAUAUGCAUGACAUGUUCAAAGAAGGCGCGAGUUUCAAUCAAGACAUUGGCCCGUGGGACACAUCGGCUGUCAAGGACAUGCGGGGCAUGUUCGCCGCAGCCAGCCGCUUCAAUCAGGAUGUCGGCCAAUGGCGCGUAUCAGCUGUUCGGGACAUGGCUGGCAUGUUUCUUGGAGCAGAGUCUUUCAACCAAGACAUUGGCAAGUGGGAUGUAUCAUCUGUCAAGGACAUGUCUGCGUUGUUUGGUUAUGCGACGAAGUUCAACCAGCACAUAGGCCACUGGGACACAUCAGCUGUUACGAACAUGCGGUGGAUGUUCGCUUUCGCAAGCCGCUUUGACCAGAACAUCAGCAGCUGGAACACGUCAGCAGUCCAGGACAUGCACAGCAUGUUCGCAUUCGCCUCAGACUUCAACCAGGACAUCGGAAACUGGGACACGUCGGCUGUCCGGGGCAUGACUGGGAUGUUCGGAGGUGCGACCAGCUUCAACCGAGAUAUCAGCCAGUGGGUCACAUCGGCAGUUGAGGAUAUGUCGUGGAUGUUCUACCAAGCUUCGGACUUCAACAAGAACAUCAGCAGCUGGAACACGUCUGCUGUGCGAUCCAUGUCUAGCAUGUUCCACAUGGCGGCAGCCUUCAACCAAGACAUCAGCAGCUGGAACACCUCAUCUGUCCAGGACAUGUCCCAGAUGUUUCAGGAGGCUGUCGCAUUCAACAAAGACAUCGGGAACUGGGACACGUCAGCUGUCCGGAACAUGAGCCACAUGUUCGAUCGCGCGCGCAGCUUCAACCAAGACCUGGGCAAGUGGAAGACAUCAGCUGUCCAGGACAUCUCCGGCAUGUUUUUCGAGGCGCUCCAGUUCAACCAGGACAUCGGCCAGUGGAACACCUCAGAUGUUUCAAUCGAGUCUGAACAUUUCGGCGAUGCUUGGCUGUGCUCAUCGUCCCUCGAUGUUGCCUGCUGGUGA